UCUGCUCGGCUGACCGGUCGGGUGGCUGCAGCGGGUGUUCGCCAUCCCUGCGGGGCAGGCCCAGGACCGCGCGCUGCAGGGACCAGACUCUGGGGGCUGGCGCUGCUGGCGCUGGUGCUGGCCGCCGGCUGUGAGCUCGUGGUGGCCUUGCAAUGCUACAACAGUCCUGAGCCCACCAGCGUGUCCAGCUGAGUCACCACCACGACCUGCAAUGCCCACAGAACCAUGUGCAAGACCACGCUCUGCUCCCUGGAGAUAGCGUCCCCUUUCCGGGGGGGCUCCGCGGUGACCAAGUCCUGUGCCAGCAAGUGCGUGCCCGCGGACGUGGACGGCAUCGGCUGGACCCGGCCCGUGUCCUGCUGCAACACUGACCUGUGCUACGUGGACGGGGCGCCUGCCCUGGGCCUUUGA